UCAGCUUCAGCCUGGGAGAGAGAAAGCAGGACAGCAGGUCUCUUGGUGCACAGGGCUGAACUGGUACCAACAAACCAUGGUGCAAUACAGGGCAUUGGUGAUAGUUCUGAUUCUGCUCCUUAGCAGCACUGUCCCCGAAGUGCACUCAAAGUCCAUCUUUGAGAGAGACCGUCGUGACUGGAUGGUCACUGUCGAUGCAGUUGCAGCUUACAUCUAUGAAGUUGUGAACAAGGUGUCCCCUAGAGCUGGUCAGUUCUUGAUGGAUGUUUCCCAGACUGCAGCAGUUGCUGGGACCAGGAACUUCCUCAUCAGUGAAACGGCUAGACUUAGUAUGCUGGCAGAACAGCUGAUAGAAAAAAUAAAGAAACUGUGGUACACAAAAGUCCUAGGCUACUAGUUGGAAGAAAAGUCAGCGUUCCCUGAAGUGAGUGGGUAGCAUCCUGCAGUGUCCUCUUUCCCUUUGCCUCCACUACGGACCAAGAUCAGUCAAUAACAAAGAAUCGAUGCUCCUGUUAAUGCAACUAGAGGGAACCCAGCAUCAAAGACCAAAGGAUGGACAACAUCUGCUGAAGUUUCCCCUGAAAUAAAAAAAAAAAAAAAAGGCUGCUGGGCAUUGGGGAAGGCAAUGAGAUUGCAGAGCUCUGCAAUAGCCAAAUCCUGAAAAUUAAUUCCUCCUGAAUGACUUGGCUCUGACCUUCUAAUAAAAAAAAUGUUGGUUGUUACACUUCCUUCAGUUUCCUACUUGUAUUGACUGUUAUAAAAUCACAUCCCUCUCUGCACCCCAUUCUGCUGAGAAUGUACCUGUGACUAACAAGAAGUUGUUGCAGGCUAUGUGAGCAAACCUUGACAGUAGAGGCACAUUUAACUGAGUUCAGGUUCUUGGUAGACGGGGGGACGGGAUGGGU